CAUAUAACAAAAACAGUAAAAUAGAAGAAGAAAACGGAACACGUGAAUGCAGAAACAAAAAAAAGGUGAAAUACACGAUUGUCCGUGGUGGUCCCCACCACAACCGUUUGGUAUAAAUACCUCUCUCCUCCUCCUCUUCUCAACGUUCCUCAACCGUCUCACACAGUUCGCACACAAACACACACACGCACACGGGAAAAUCUCUGGAACUUCCUAAAUCCGAAAUCACGCUGUCGUUCCUUUGUUCAGCAAUGAAGCGCAAGUUAGCAGCACGAGCUGGUAGAUCGGCAGCCGAAUCGCCACCAGCCAAAGAGCGAUCGCUCGACGUCGCUAGGAAGCAGCGUUCGCGUCUCUCUCGCCGCCGGCGACUUCACAUCUCUCCCAUCGUUCAACAAUGCGUUGCCAGUUCACAUCUCACGGAAUUAAGUGAAGUCUCGCACGAAUCUAGCGUCGCCUCUGUCGGCAACCAGAAUCCGCCGGAGUUCCGGAGAGUUGUUACCAGAUCGUAUUACAGGAAGAAAUUUAAGAACGUGAGCAGUAAUUGUGAAGCGGCGCCGGAGUUAUCGGAAAAUUCGUGCGUGGAGUCGUGCUCGGGAGCAAACAGAGAGUUGAAGCAGAAGAGUGCGGACGUGGAGGAAUUAGAAGUUGAAGGAGAAGAGGUUACAAAACCUGAAGUUUCUAGCACUUCGCGAUUUUCAUUCGCCGGAAACGACGUGGGCAAAGUGACGGAAAAUGAGAGUGCCGUCGAAAUUCCUGACGUUCAGAGCAUUUUUCAUGAAGAAAUCACGAAUUCCAAAGCUGAAGAGGAUAAUUCAUCUGAGGACUGUACUCUAUCACUUCACUCGACCGAGAGAACAGCUAAAACCAGUGAAAACAGAGCUGCCUCCGGAGAUCUGCAAUUUCCAAAGCUCGUCGCGUUUGGCAUUAAUUUGGCUUGUUCAGAGCAGUUCUCGAACGGAGGCGUUAUCAAUGGCGGUGAAGAAGACGAUGAGGUGCAUAGCUCCUCGUCAUCAGAGAUUUACCAUGUGAUUUCCGAUUCGGAAUUCACGAGUUCAGACUAUACGCCUUCCUUUUGGAGUUAUGCUUCUGGAAGUCAAUUUUCCGAGAAGUCAGUCGGAGAAGACAAUUCUUCACCAACUUAUGAAUUGUUCCGGGAAUUCAAACAGCAGUUCUUCAGAUCGGAUUUUGCCUUCAAAGCUUUUGACGAUCACAAUUCUCAUGAAAUGAAUGAUUUAGGAUUAGAAGUUAUAAUUAUACCUAAAUCAACACUAACAACUGAUGACUUGCGUUUCUGUAUUAAGGUAUUGGGGCUAGAAAAUGAAGAAGAAGAAGAGAGCUACAGAAUGAUGAGGAAAAGAGAGAGGAGGCAAGAGUAUGUGCGUGACUAUGCAGAGGAAUACUGUAAUAAUACUGCUUAUGGUGAACUUGUUAUCCAGCAACGCUUACAGAUGGUCCACUGGAUCGUUGAGCAAGCUACCAAGAAGGAGCUUCAGAAGGAAACCAUGUUCUUAGGAGUUAGCCUUCUUGACCGAUUUCUGAGCAAGGGAUACUUCAGAAACGUGAGAAAUCUUCAGAUUGCUGGCAUUUCGUGCCUCACUCUAGCAACCAGGUUUGAAGAAAAUCAACCAUAUAACUGUGUACGUAUAAAGACAUUCAACGUGGGAGGCACUAUGUACAGCCGGUGCGAAGUGGUGGCUAUGGAGUGGGUGGUGCAGGAAGUCCUCAACUUCCAAUGCUUCCUCCCCACCUUGUACAACUUCUUAUGGUUCUACCUUAAAGCAGCGAGAGCUAACGAGAACGUGGAGAAGACAACCAAGUACUUAGCAAUACUCACACUCAUGGGCCAUCAGCAGCUCUGCUAUUGGCCAUCAACCGUCGCAGCUGGGCUUGUUAUCCUCGCCUCAAUUGCAGCAAAUGAAGAUGCAUCCUGCCACCUAGUUACAGCGAUUCAUGCCCGAGAAAAUGAUAAGGAUUUACCUGAAUGCAUAAAGGUAAUAAUAUAUAUUCUGCUUCAAAUUUUAAUUCGCUACUGCGUGCUAAAUCGAACGUGUAACAGUUGUAAAUUUGCCGUUUUUCAGCCUGGAAUGGUUGGUGAAGUAUCUCUGAAUCUGAUAGCCAGAGUUUUCAAGUUUCCCUUACUAUUAAUGAAGAUAAAUAUUGAAGACCAAUCAGGUAGCAUAUAG